CAAGUAUAUUCAAUAUUUAGGUCUGUGUUGAAGCUUUACAAACUUACUGCAAUAUAAUAAGCCUUUAGAGUUGUUUUAAAGGAGAUUGUUCAUGUCUGUCUAGCAACACUGAACGGAAACCGUGCUGUGCCGCUGUUCGCCGGCAUGUGUGUUCCAUAAUGCGAACGACAGAGCCGUUGUACGGAAACGGUCGGCGACCUGCCGAGCCACCGGUCCCGUUUCGGCAGCUCUUGCCGAUGCAACUGAAAGACAGGAUCUCUGGAAAGAAAGGUCGCCAGAACGAUGUCGCCUGUUUACCAGAGAUGAUGACCUUGUUCUCUUGCUUGGCUGAAAAAAACUAUGAUUCCAAUAACUGUAGUAAGGAAGUCACAGCAUUUCAAGGCUGCUUCAACAAAUUCUUGAAACAUAAUGCAGAGUACAAGGCUACUGGCUCCCUGGGAAUCUUGACUCCAGGACUAAAGGCAUCGCAGUUGUCUACACAGCAGGCUAAUGCACUUCUGAAAAAGUAUCCAAUUGCACAUUUGUUAAAGAAGGUUCGUUAAUAUGUUAGAUACUUUUGUAGCUGGGAAUAAAGAAUGUCUUAUUUCA